AUGAAUCAGCUGUCCCAAUUAUCAAACUUCUCGCGGUAUGCCGACAAUUUGUCUGUCGAGCGCAUCAAGGCUGAGAUGCAGUCGAUGCAGAGCAAACUGUCUACCCUGCGUCCCGCCCAGGAGUUUUUCAACGUAAAGAAGGUGUCAAAGCCGCAAAACUUCGGGGAGUUGCAAUCGCGCGUUGCGUACAAUUUGAGACACUUUUCUACCAACUACGCGUUGAUUGUGGGUCUGCUCAGCAUCUACACGCUACUCACGAACCUGCUGUUGCUGUUUGUGCUUGUGUUUGUGUUUUUCGGUCUUUACGGUAUUAACAAACUGGAAGGCCAAGACCUGGUCACGCCGUUUGGCGCAUUCAAGAGCUCGCAACUGUACACGAGUCUCAUGUGUGUUGCCAUCCCUCUUGGGUUUUUCGCCUCGCCCUUCACCACAUUGAUGUGGCUGAUUGGUGCGUCUGCCGUGUCUGUGCUCGGCCACGCGUCUUUUGUGGAGAAACCUAUCGAGACCGUUUUUGAAGAGGAGACCGUCUGA